AUGCCGCUGUCUCUUCAGGCGACUGCAGUGCCUCCACCCUGCAAGGACAAAGGUCCAGAAAGAUUUCAUGAAAGAGUGAAGUUUGUCUUAAACACGACCAGAUCUUGUCUAAAACGGAAUACUCUACGGCAUUGCUUGUACAAGCCGCCUGCUAUCGUUACUGAUUUUGAGGUCCGGUUGCGUAUUGGUGUUUACCAUCUGCAUUUAAAAGAGUAUUUUCGCGUUUUUCCAAAACAACAGAUCCUUGUUAUAAAAACGGAGGACUAUUCCAAGCAUACACCGGAACAUUUGGAUCAAAUAUUCGACUUUUUAAACGUUGCUCGUCUUCCUAUUGAAGAUCUGCAGGAAAUCUCAAAUGAAACCAAAAAGAACACUCGGAAAAAAGGUGAUAUCAAGAUUGGAGACAUGUUUCCCGAAACGAGAAAACUAUUGCGGGAAUUUCACAAAAGCCACAAUAACAAACUCGGGCGGCUGCUGGGCCAACACUUUAAUUACAAUAAAGAUGAACAAGAUUUGGUCACGUAGAAUGGU